CCCCGCCCACCCCGGGAAGCGUCCCCCGAGGUCAGAGCUGGCUUUCCCGGGAGGUCGGGCGGUGUAUCGGGCCUGCGUGCCCCGCGGGCGGCCCAGCUCCAGGGCUGGGUCCCGGGCUGCGGACGCCCGCUUCCCGCCACCAGGGCCGGGUGGCGGCCGCUGGGUACCGGCGCGGGCGGCCAGGCACCUCAGACCUUCCAGUCGCCGGGGUGGCAGGCCGACCCCCGGGCGGCCCGCGCAGACGAGCGCCAUUCCCGUGUCGCUGCGCCCGCGGGGGCCGCCCGAGCCGGCCACCAUGCCGCUGGGCCUGAAGCCCACCUGCAGCGUGUGCAAGACCACGUCGUCCUCCAUGUGGAAGAAGAGUCCACAGGGCGAGAUCCUCUGUCACCACUGCACGGGCCGGGGCGGCGGGGGCGGCGGCGGCGCGGGGGUGGCGGGCGGGACCGGGGUCGCCGGUGGCGGCUUCGGUACCGCCACCUUCGCCAGCACCUCGGCCGGCCCUCCGCAGAGCAACGGGGGCGGGGGCGGCAAGCAGAGUAAGCAAGAAAUUCACAGAAGGUCUGCUCGGCUCAGAAAUACCAAGUACAAGUCGGCUCCAGCUGCUGAGAAAAAAGUUUCCACUAAAGGAAAAGGGAGAAGACAUAUUUUUAAAUUAAAAAAUCCUAUCAAAGCUCCUGAAUCUGUUUCUACCAUAGUCACUGCAGAAUCAAUCUUCUACAAGGGAGUAUAUUACCAAAUUGGUGAUGUUGUUUCUGUGAUUGAUGAACAAGAUGGAAAGCCGUAUUAUGCUCAGAUCAGGGGUUUUAUUCAGGACCAGUACUGUGAGAAGAGUGCGGCCCUGACGUGGCUCAUUCCUACCCUCGCCAGCCCCAGAGACCAGUUUGAUCCUGCAUCAUAUAUUAUAGGGCCAGAGGAAGAUCUUCCAAGGAAGAUGGAAUACCUGGAAUUUGUCUGUCACGCACCUUCUGAGUAUUUCAAGUCCAGGUCAUCACCAUUUCCUACAGUUCCCACCAGACCAGAGAAGGGCUAUAUAUGGACUCACGUUGGACCUACUCCUGCAAUAACUAUUAAGGAAACAGUUGCCAACCACUUGUAGUGACAAAACCUAACCUGGGGCACGCGUAUGUAACAUUUAUGGAGCUUUGGUUUUAAUCCCCAAAACAUAUACCUGCAUCCCAAAAUAAAACCCAAUUUCCAGUUUUCU